GCUUUUCACCUGGAAUACUAAAAGAAUAGCAUUAAACCUUUAGAAGUCCAUCAAUCAUUCUCGCCUUUUGAUAAUAGUUGCUGCUCUUUUUCUUUCACUUCCCUGACAUCAGACCUCAACCUCUCUCUUUCUCUGUCUGAUAUAAUCUUAUCUCAAUAAUAAUACCUUCAACUUUUAUAUUCCGUAUGCCCCUCUUCUUCUCACUAUAUUUGGCAAAACCUACAAAAUACCCACACCUCUUUUUCAAUCUAAUAAUCAUAAUCAACUCGAAGCAGUUGCGAAGACUACUGAAGCUACUUCAGGAAUAAGAUAUAGUGCUUUGAAAAAACCGUUGAUGAGACAUGGAACCUCCAAAUAACAUAUUCGAAUCUGAAGAAGAAUUCGAAAUCUCCCCAACAUGUUCACCCAUAACACUCGACCUAACCCUCGGCUUCAAUGACAUGCCGACACCUGGCACAGAAACGGGGCCCACAAACACCCCACCGCGUGUUUUCUCGUGCAAUUACUGUAAGCGCAAGUUCUACAGCUCACAGGCAUUAGGAGGGCAUCAAAAUGCACACAAACGAGAGAGAACGAUGGCAAAAAGAGCCAUGAGGAUGGGGAUGUUCUCUGAAAGAUACGCGAGCCUUGCAUCUUUGCCACUUCAUGGAUCGACAUUUCAGAAUUUGGGUAUCGAGACACAUGCCUCGUUGCUUCAAGGAGUUCAAGCUAUGAGAGGUGGAGCAAGAUUUGACCAAAGCUAUGUAGGGAUACCGGUGUGUAUGGCGGAUAAUGAAGUUGAACCGUUUUGGCCGGGUAGCUUUAGACAGAUCGAUGGCAUUGGUGAUUCGAGUAAUAACGUUUCAAAACACUCGGAAAUUACUCCACCACCUGAUCUUACUUUAAAACUUUGACUUUUUUUGGUCUGUGUAUCCAUUUGUUAUGCAACACAUGACAUGAUAUGACAUAACAAAACAAAAUAAACUGGUAUUGUAAUUGUUGUGCAUGAUAUGACAUAACAAAACAAAACAAACUGGUAUUGUAA